AUGGUUUACAUUAUCUGGACACUCCUGCUUUUUAUUCCUUUAAAAGCAAAAGCAGAAAAUUCUCUUUGCCAAAUGAUGGGACAGCAUAAUAAUCCACUGAUAUCCAAAGAAGGAGAAGUAACUAUUGGAGCACUUUUCCCAAUCCAUAGCAUAGAAACAUUACCUUCAUUUGAGUUUACAGUAAAACCUCAGCUGUUAUCAUGCUCCAGUGUAAAUCUAAGGGAUUUCAGAAUGGCUCAAACAAUGACCUUUGCCAUUGACGAGAUUAAUAAAAAUCAAAGUUUGCUUCCAAAUGUUUCUAUUGGUUAUCGAAUUUAUGAUACAUGUGGUUCAAGACUUUCUUCUAUGAGUGCAACUAUGGCAUUAAUGAAUGGUAAAGAAUUUUCUGCUGAGGGUAAGUGUAAGGGACAGCCUGCCAUACAUGCCAUCAUAGGAGAAACGGAGUCUUCUGCUACAGUGAUUCUGUCCAGAACUACAGGACCUUUUAAAAUACCAGUGAUAAGUCACUCAGCCACAUGUGAAUGUCUUAGCAACAGGAAAAACCAUCCCUCUUUCUUUCGAACUAUUGCUAGUGAUUACCAUCAGAGCAGAGCACUUGCAUACAUAGUCAAGCACUUUGGCUGGUCAUGGGUGGGAGCUGUGAACAGUGACAAUGACUAUGGCAAUAACGGAAUGGCAAUAUUUCUGAAUACAGCUCAGGAGGAGGGGAUUUGUGUGGAGUACUCAGAAAAAUUCUAUCGAACAGAUCCUGAGAAACUUAGAAAAGUAGUUGACACAAUUAAAAACAGCACUGCAAAAGUGAUUGUUGCAUUUCUUACCAGUUUGGAAAUGGAAAAUUUGCUUCAGGAACUAACUAAUGCUAACAUUACAGGCCUUCAAAUUAUUGGCGUGGAAGCGUGGAUAACUGCAAACAGUUUGCUCACUCCAAACAGCUUUCGUGUUCUGGGAGGAUCACUGGGGUUUGCAGUACCAAAGGUCAAUAUUCAAGGUUUUUCAAACUAUGUCAUAAAAGAAUUCUGGGAAACAGCUUUUCCAUGCCCAGAGACUGAGAUAAAUUCAUCUCAAUAUUCAUCAUUAAGUUGCAAUUCUUAUCAUGAUCUAUUUUUGCUGAAAAAGUACAAUGAAGAUGUGCCUGAACAAAGAUAUGCAAGCAAUGUCUACAAAGCAGUUUAUGCUGUGGCUCAUGCAUUACACAGUCUACUCAAAUGUAAAGUAAAUAAAGGUUGUAGGAAAGACCUAAAAAUACAACCUCAGCAGGUUGUUGACACGCUAAGAAUAAUAAAUUUCACCAUAAAUAUGGGAGAUCAUGUGUGGUUUGACAGCACUGGUGCCACAAUAGCCCAAUAUGAAGUCAUAAACUGGCAGCAAGACUCUGAUGGAUCAAUCCAAUUUAAAACAGUGGGAUAUUUUGAUGCCUCACUGCCUGAUGACCAGCGCUUUGUUCUUAGCACUGAAAGUAUAAUCUGGACUGGAGGACAACUUGAGAAGCCAAAGUCUGUGUGUAGUGAGAACUGUCCUGCCGGUACCAGGAAGGCUGUACAGAAAGGGCGGCCUGUCUGCUGUUAUGACUGUAUUCCAUGUGCAGAUGGAGAAAUCAGUAAUGACACAGAUUCAGUUAACUGCAAACAGUGUCCAGGGGAAUACUGGUCUAAUGCUGAGAAAAAUAAAUGUGUGUUAAAGACUGUAGAGUUUCUGUCAUUCACAGAAGUUAUGGGUGUAGUUCUAGUCUUUUUCUCACUCUUUGGAGUAGGAUUAACUGUGCUGGUUGCCAUUCUAUUUUACAGCAAGAAGGAGACUCCCAUUGUAAAAGCCAACAACUCAGAGUUGAGCUUCUUGCUACUCUUCUCAUUGACUUUGUGUUUCCUCUGUUCACUUACUUUCAUUGGUCAACCGACUGAGUGGUCCUGUAUGUUGCGUCAUACAACGUUUGGGAUCACAUUUGUCCUAUGCAUCUCAUGUGUUUUAGGAAAAACAGUAGUGGUGUUAAUGGCCUUUAGAGCUACACAUCCAGGAAAUUAUAUUAUGAAAUGGUUUGGUCCUGUACAACAAAGACUCAGUGUUAUUGCACUUACACUUAUACAGGUUCUAAUUUGUGUACUUUGGCUAACAAUAUCUCCUCCAUUCCCCUACAAAAAUAUGAAAUAUUUCAAGGGAAAAACCAUUCUUGAGUGCAAUUUGGGUUCUACUAUAGGUUUUUCUGCGGUCCUAGGUUACAUUGGUUUGUUGGCUGUCCUGUGCUUUUUCUUGGCUUUUCUGGCUCGCACACUACCUGAUAAAUUCAAUGAAGCGAAAUUCAUCACAUUCAGUAUGCUCAUAUUCUGCGCUGUAUGGAUCACAUUUAUUCCAUCCUAUGUCAGUUCUCCUGGAAAAUUGACAGUAGCUGUGGAGAUAUUUGCCAUUUUAGCUUCAAGUUUUGGUUUAUUAUUUUGCAUUUUUGCUCCAAAAUGUUAUGUCAUCCUUCUUAAACCAGAACAAAACACAAAACCACAUAUGAUGGGAAAAAUUUCACCAAAAUCCUUUUGA